UGCAACUUUUUGGAACAUAGUUAGUUUAAUAAGGUGGGAAGAUAAGACUUCCAGCCGACGGCGGUGGCGGCAUACACUUUCUCACUUCAAGUACCAGUAUAUUCUUUUAAGGAGUAGCAGCGAGCCCUAAUUCUGAAAUGCUAACACAAUUUAGUUGAGAUCUCGAGUUCGUUGCAAUUUUCUUUUGAAACUGUCCGAUUAACCGAAAUUAGUCUCAUGAAUUCGAUUGUUUCACCGUUAUCCGUCUCAUGGCUUCCAUCGCUUCACACUAAGCCUACACCUUAUAAACGCUUAUUAUCACACAAGUGUUUGAUUAAUCAUCGGUUGUCGUUGCUUUCAAUCCAAUCGAUUUCGGCUUCUUCACCUAAGUCAACUGUUUGCGCUGUACCUCCAAGUGAAGGAACUGUGUCUGUUAUCGAUUUUGAAAAUUUUGUGGAGAAAGAUUGGUCGUUUCUUGAAGCAGGUGAUUUAAAUUCUAAUGAAGUUGCUGACCGAAUAAUCUCUGCUGGGAAAGUUGGAAAAGAUUCAAAGGUUUUGAUUUCGACGGGAUCAGAAGGAUUUGUUGAUCGAGUGGUCGAAACGAGUCCUUGUAAACAGUUGCUUGUUGUUCAUGACUCUUUAUUUGUGUUAGCUUGCAUUAAAGAGAAGUAUGACAAGGUAAAAUGUUGGCAAGGAGAACUGAUUUUCGUGCCUGAAAAAUGGGCGCCUUUUGAUGUUGUCUUGCUUUACUUCCUUCCGGGUCUGCCAUUUGACCUUAGUCAAGUCUUUGAAGCACUAGCGAAAGUUUGCCUUCCAGGUGCAAGAAUCGUGAUAAGCCAUCCGAAAGGAAGAGAAGGGCUCGAGCAGCAAAAAGCUGAGUACCCUGAUGUUGUAGUCUCCACCUUGCCUGAUAAAUCCGCACUAGAGAGCGCUGCAUCUCAUCAUUUAUUUACGAUGGCUGAUUUUGUUGAUGAACCUGGUUUUUAUCUUGCUGUAUUAGCAUACACAAAGUAGAUGGUCCACCCUGAGAUUCUGGUAUAGUUUUGGUCUAUGUGAAGGCUUUGCCAUCUGAGUUGAAUUUCAAUAGCAGUACAGGUCUUUGACUUUCUGAAGUCUGACUAAAAUUUUGGAAUAUGAAAAAGACCAUGGAAUUUGCUUCCAAUACUAUGACAACUAUGCUGGAUUAUAACAUGCUUGAAUAGGGAAAAGCUUGUUUUGUUUUGUUUCUA